AUGUCAGCCAAAGCCGAGAAGAAGCCAGCCUCCAAAGCGCCAGCGGAGAAAAAACCCGCCGCCAAGAAAACCGCGUCCACUAUGGACGCGUCUAAGAAGAAGACCAAGGUCAGAAAGGAGACGUAUUCGUCUUACAUCUACAAAGUGUUGAAACAAACGCACCCAGACACGGGUAUUUCUCAGAAAUCGAUGUCGAUUUUGAACUCGUUUGUGAAUGACAUUUUCGAGCGGAUCGCGACGGAAGCGUCGAAGCUCGCCGCUUACAACAAGAAGUCUACUAUUUCUGCGCGUGAGAUCCAGACUGCCGUGAGACUGAUCUUGCCCGGCGAACUUGCCAAGCAUGCCGUUUCUGAGGGAACGAGAGCGGUGACCAAGUACUCGUCGUCCACGCAGGCCUAA